AGGUGGUACUGUCUCUUUAAGAGAAGUUACCUGAGAGGAGGGGUACAGGUGCGAGCCGCUGGGACAUCACGUUUAGCCAACGCUGUUUUUGCUCCACUCAGACCCCCCCACUACCACAAAAUGUGUCGGCGGCGGGUCAAAGCUGGAGCGAGAUGUCUGACUCACUUUAGCCCCCUGCGGCGCAGCAGAGAGAGCUCGAGCCCUCACGCCAACUCAACCAUCAGUGACGUCGACGUCACGUGUGCGUCUCCUUCCCUCGGUUACGUCCGUCGUAUUUUCCUCCCCUCCGCUGCCUUGACUGUCUGCUUUACGCCGCGAGCCAGUCGACACAAACAAGCGCCGAGAAAGACAAAAAGAGGACCGUCGUCGGGACCUGUCCGGUACCGGUAUCACGUCUAUGACCGAGCCGAUGGACGGAGGGGUCUCACCACCUAUAAGUUGCCAUCAGUGAAGCCCGAACCUCCAGUCCGUUAUUGCCUGUUGUGUGAGCUCAUGUCAGUGUAAACUUUUUUUUGUGUUGUUGUUUUUAAACCUGCGCUUCUUUUUGCUGAGCUCCGGCAGACGGAUUCUACUAAAACCUUGCUCAACGACUUGGACCAAUGGAUAAGCCCUGCCAUCUUUGUUCCUCCAUGCCUGUUUUAUAAUUGAGACAACCAUCUUCCAUUUCACAGUUUUUUCAGCCGUUUGACCAGUUCUCCCCACACUAUGGCCAGCAAAAGAAAGUCGACUACGCCUUGCAUGAUCCCUAGUAAGACUAUCCGCUCUGUUGAGGAGGUUGAGCAGGACUCUCCGGUUCCUGUCCGUCUGUCCAGGGUUUCUGGAAGUGACCGGCUCAGCCCUUUAGUCCCCAUUGAGUCUUCUAAACCAGAAAGCGGUGCUGGCACUUACACUUGUAAGUCCUGCAACUUUGAAACCCGUGACCUCAACUUGUUUUUGGAUCACGUCUACAGCGCRCACCCAGAGUUCAGGGCGGACCCGGGUUUUGUUUGCAGAAGCUGCGGCGUUUCAGCWCCCAAGUUCGAGGGGCUGGCCCUGCACAACGCCAGGGUUCACCCCAGCACGGUGAGCACCACUCUGCACCUGAGGAAGAGGGACAGGAGGGUGGUGGUGGAGCAGAAUGUGGUGGCUGGGGCAGAGACGUGCAAGGACAGUGAGAUUUCUAUCAGCAAAACCCCCAUCAUGAGGAUGCUGAAGGGCAAGUCGGAGCCUAAACGGAUUGUGGUGUCCCACUCUGCCUCCGAGGAGCCAUCUUCAGAGUCACAUUCUGUCUCUGCGUUCAGAGAGUCUGAAAGAAAAGAAGCUGCUACAGUGACUGUCACACAUGUUCCUACGAUUGUCCACAAUGGAACGACGAAGGCCACGAUGCCCUCAGCAAUACAGAUUGUUAAUGGUACAACAACGUUACCGAUUCUAAAGACUCCCAUCACACAUAUUGUUACUCCAAACAAAAACCUUCAUCACUCUUCACCAGUAACGGUCUCCUCAAAUAUGUCCUCAACUUCGUCAACCUACUCCUCCCAAAAUCUACCCAAGGUGAUGAUUCCUUUGAGCAGCAUCCCCACCUACAGCGCCUCCAUGGACUCCUCUUCUUUCCUGAAGACCUCCUUCAGUAAGUUCCCGUACCCCACGAAGGCCGAGCUCUGCUACCUCACUGUGGUCACCAAAUUCCCAGAAGAACAGAUCAAGAUCUGGUUCACGGCUCAGAGACUGAAGCAAGGCAUCAGCUGGUCUCCUGAGGAGAUCGAGGAGGCCAGGAGGAAGAUGUUCAACACCAUCAUCCAGACGGCACCAGCUGGCUCGCAGAACCAGACACGGAGUCACCACGGCUCAGCCCAGCACACCAUCACAGUCCUGCCGGCCUCCCUGGGGCCCACGGGGAUCCCUCAGUUUCUGCAGGGAUCACUUGUCAGCCAGGGAGGGGUAAUCGUCACACAGCCCGUCAUGGCCAACGGCAUCCAGGUCAGCAGCGCUCCCGUGGCCCUGGCGGUGACGCCGAAGCCCCAGGCGGCGGCUCGACCCGCCAUGCAGGCCCGGCCCGCUGCAGCGCUGGCGGCGGAUAAAGGCACUGGUGUGGUGGUGGGCACGAUGGGCAGCAGCAGCGCAGAGAGCAGCGUCAUCACCAGCAGUAAAAGUUGUAAAAGUGGGGGAGGGGGUGCCUGCGGCGGUGACGCUGGCGUCAUCAACCUUAGUCUUGGAAACAGUAACCAUAGUAACAAUAAGGYAGGCAGUGUCAAUGGUAAACACAGCAGUGCUAAAGCCAACUCUGCAGACAAGAGCAAUAAUAAAGUUAGCAGCCACGCACCGUCUGAGAACACACAUGUAAAUGAGGCUAAAGCCAGCGUGGUGCAGAGUGACAGUAAGACCACAGAAAGCAAAGCUGCUAACAAUAAAACAGGUGAUAAAGGACAGAAGAGCAACCAAUCAGACGGCGGCAGCAGCAGUAAUAACUCCACUAGCACAGAUGAUCCCUCUGUUACUGACUGUCCAGCCAUCAAACUGGAAGAGGCUUCAUCUCCAGCCUUGAAGUCUUCCUCACCUUCUCCUGCAGCAGCCCCUGGCAGCACACCUGGCUCCAGAACCCCCGUCAGCACGAUGCUGGACCCCAGCUUUUACAAAGGCAAGAAGUCCCAGGUGCAGCUCAGCACCCUGAAGGACAGCUUCCAGGUGAACCAGUGGCCCGACCAGGAGGAGGUGGACCGCCUCAUCGCUCUGACGGGCCUCACGGUGCGCGAGGUCCGCAAGUGGUUCAGCGACCGGCGCUACCACUUCCGUAACCACAAAGGGCCUCGSUCCAGCACUGCGGGGCAGAGUAAACCCAGCGCCGCGUCGGGUSCAGGGAGCUCCACAGGUACGCCGGUGAGCGGCUCCGCCUCCGACGGUGCUGCUCCUACAGAACUGUCAGAAAGUAGCAGCAGCUCGUGUGCUAAAACGCCCCAGCCCAACUCCCGUAAUGCUCCUCCAAGCCCACCGGCCAAACAGACUCCCACCUCUCCCAGCACGCCRUCACGCCGACCCCCAAAACUGCCCUCACCUGAUUUCACAGCCAUUCGCUACAAAGAGAGAGAACCUCAUCAGGUUAAGGCCCUUGAGGCCAGCUUUGCCCAGAAUGAUGACCCAUCUGGAGAGGAAGUGGACCGGCUGCGCUCUGAGACCAAGAUGACCAGGAGGGAGAUCCACGGCUGGUUUGCCGAGAAGAGAAAGAGACUGGCAGCUGAGAAAAAGAAGGACGAGAUCAACCAAGCGCAGAGAGAGGAUGAGGAGGAGAUGGAGGUCAAUGAAGAGGACAGACAGCGAGAUGAUGGUUCAGGAGAACCAAAAGUCAACCCCAUCAAAAUCAACCUGAAGAUGCUGAAGGUGACGGAGGCCAGCGGCAAAGCGGAGGACGAGGGUUUGGAUAAUCUGACUGUAGCAACUCAGUCCAGCAGCACACCUGCUUCCUCCGCGGGCCCCACCUCCUCCAACACCCCUAAACCAUCCCAACCCUCCACCCCAACACCAAAAACACCCCAUUCUCCUAAACCCACAGUCGUACGAGGCAAAAAGACCGCAGAGCAGCUUCACCUGCUCAAACAGGUCUACGCUCGAACCCAGUGGCCCAGUGCCACUCAGUACGAUGACCUGAUCUCGGGCACUGGGCUGCCCAGACCUGAGGUGGUGCGUUGGUUUGGGGACUCCAGAUACGUGCAGAAGAACGGGGUACUGAAGUGGCUGCAGGAGUACCAGAGCAUGGCUCUGGAGRAAGACCUGCAGGAGGAGAACACAAAGAUCCUGCAGGAUCAUCUCAACAUGCAUGGUCAGCUGGAAGAYUCCCAGGUACUAAUAACUGUUUGUUUUUCUAUGAAAGGCAAAGAACUGAUUCUUAUUAACAUUUAAUAAGACAACAGGUCCAUGUGGGUCUGGAGAAACCAUACAAGACUGUUUUGUAGAUCUUUAAGUGGUUUCAUAUUCAUUGUUUUUAAGAACCAGAAGAUAUUUUGGGGACUCAUCUACUAUAUAAAUUAGACGUCUCAUAAAAAAAAAUCCUAGUUUCUGUCAAAUGUGAUUACAGUAAAUCAAGUUGCAGCUUUUUUUUUUUACUAGCUUGAGUGUCUGUUUUAACUGAAACUUGAACCUUUUUAUWCAGAUUGUAUAAGUUCUUCCAAUGUUAAAAAUCUGAAAUCACAUCUUGUCCCUUUUAUUAAAAAUCUGUUUCAGUGGUUAAUUUAAAAAAAA